AUGUGGCUGAUCGUGUGCUGGGGUUUAAUGGCACUAUUGUGCUAUUUGGCUCUGAAUCACCUCGGCACUCGAACUGCCGACGACGUCACAAAAACCACCGUGCAGUCGGCAGAAGCGACGACGCCAUCACGACACGAUGCCUCAAACAGCGAAUGGACGAACGAAGUAUUAGCUUGGAUAUACAACAAUUUUUUAAAAGUGCCCGGACCAUUGGAAGCAUGGAUAAAGUCGCUAAAUGAUGCCGCCAAGAAAGUAAAUCGGCCGACGGAGUGCGAAGUAAUAUUUGAUGGAUUCGGGGAUCAUAUGCAUGUGAAACAACCGCCAAGACUAAGUCACAUACGUGUUGAACAUGGUCCACGUGAGCAUUUGACGCUCCGAACAAAUAUCCACCUACCAUGUGUAUGCCUUAAAGUUGUUUCAUCUCAGCGAACGCCUGAGAGGCUUUUGGUCAGCAAUUUUGAUGCCAAUAUCGUUGAUCUGCGUGGUGAGGUGGAAUGUCGCUUCGCAUGUAUCGCCAACCAACUUUUUCUGAUGGGAUGUUUCAAUGGAAGACCGGAAAUGGAUAUUGAAUUAAAAAAUACAGAUUCUAAUGCACAGUCACAAGUAUCCCUCGGCCUAGUCGAGGAGAAAAUUCGUCGCUGCCUGUUAUCAGCUGUCACAAAUAUUAACCUUUCUGAGGCGCUGCCUCCAAAUCCAGAUGACUGGCGGAUGGAUGAAAGCCACAUGAUGGACAAUUUCCACGAGAGGGUCUACCACGACCAGUUGAUAUCUCCAAUGACGAAUAAUAACGCUGCAGCCAACAAAUUACGCGUGAAGGUGAUAAAAGCUAAUCAUCUUGGGAGAGGUACAGCUAUUGUCGACGUUCAGCAGCCUUACGUUGUCAUUGAAAUGGAUGAGCCAGCUCAGAAGUUCACAACGACAAAAGGAAUUAACGCCUGUCCCUACUGGGAGGAGUCUUUUGACUUUGACAUGACUCCUGCAUCAGAAGAGAUCCUCUUCGAAGUCUAUGAUGCAGGGCUCAAAGUUUCUUCUGAUGACGAUAAAAAUUUCUUGGGACUUGCCAUUGUGAACUUUGAGGAAAUUAGAAGAAGUGGUGAACACUAUGAUAAUUCUUGUUCCACAUGUGCUGUAUUUCAGCACCUUCAUAACUUAAAACUCCAAGGAAGACCUUAUCGUAAAGAUGAAGUUGGUGGAGAACUAACUGUGCAGUUUGAUUUCUACUAUGAUCCAAAGACAGUAACACCCGGAAAACUUGUGGAUACAGUUAAAAUUCGAAACACCAAUGGCAGCGAAUUUCGUGAAACGGUCACAACGCAAAGACGAGCGAUUUACGAUCCUCAUGAUAAUUUCGAAAAUACUGAAAUAAUGCCGAGAAAAACGACAACUGUGGUGGUUAAGACAGUCUCGCAACAAUUAAAAGAAAAGCCUACAAUCCAAUCCGUACAUGGCUCAAUGGAAAAUGCCGUCGAUCCCCAUAUACAGCAAAUGCUUGACCAGCAAUUUCAAAGUGAUCCAUCGAUGGAGCAACUUAGAUCAUGCGCUUAUGGUGAGCAACACGUUGUUCAUGUCUCAGAUCGCGAAAAGAAACAACCUGCGACAAAACGGGAACGGUCCUUCUUCGGAGAAUUACGAGAUCGGCUUAGUGGUAGACGACGAAGCCAAACUCAGAGUAAUGGCAUACCAAAUGUUAUAUGCUUUAUAUUUAGAUCAAAGUCCAUGGACGUUAAUGGACCAGAAAUUGAAGAAGCCGUUAGCCUCCCACCAAGCCGUGAUCCAAGUAGAGUACGAUAUGCAGGUAGCUUUUUAUGUUACCCUUACAUCGAAACUUCAGCAUCUGGCGAACGAUAUAAUGAAACCCAAUCAAUGGGAGGGAAAUCGGGAGAAUCCAGCAAGAGCCUUUAUCAGCACAGUACUCUGGUCCUUGAAUUGGAACAUGAUAAGCAGCUGAAAUAUUUCCUGAUUCCGCCGUCAAUGCUAAGCGAGCCAGCAGCCGCGAAACUGAUGCGACGCGGCAAAAAGCUGCAUAUUUACAAUGAGCACACGUUUGUAGCUGUAAAAAUUCGAGGGUACGUUCUGACUAAAUUUAGCUACAUUCUUCUGUUGGGUGUUAACUGUAACGUCUGUCAACAACGGAUAAAAUCAAGUUUUUCAAAACAAGCGUAUCAAUGUCGAGGUAAUGUUUUUAGAAGAGACGAGUAA